CGGGAGUAGAGGCAGCCCACUGAAUGGCCACCCCCAAAGUUCGUGUCGGUCAAAAAGGUUCGUGCGGAAAAGCAGACAAAAACGACGCAUAAGGGAGGGUUAAACGUUCGCUGGCUGUUGGUGUUAUGUGUGUUCCUCUCUUAUCCAACGCUUGUUGCAGUAGCAAUCGUGUGUGUUUGUGUGUGUGUGUGUGUAGUUCGGUUGGAAAUAAAUAGAUUUAGGAAGCAUGGCUGUAAUCCUGGCGCUUUUUUGCGGACCCUGCACUGGCGCACUUUCACGUUAAUCUAGCUGUUAGGUGUAAUAAAUGGUGUCUGGGCUGGAAUGGACGGGGCUGGUGGACUUUCGGUUGGUUUGACGCGCGUAUACGCGUGUGCCCGAGAUGCACAGAAAUCAAUUUUAAUCUUCAAUUUUGAAACAUACGAACACGCAUCAAUGGAGAGUGUUUAAUUUAAUUCCACUUUUAGCACUUCCAGCCGCACGCAUAAAACCGCCUCCAACAAACCACUUUCCACCGGCCCCAAAAUGGAACUAACCACUUUAACGUAACAAACGCACGUUGAAGGAUUUAAUUAACUUACUUUCCUUUCCUCUCGCAACCCCUCCAUUUCAUUGCACACUGCCCACACGCAGACGGUGGCAGUCAGGACGGACAGCUGGCGGGUGGCAAGCAGUCGAACCACGGGCAGCGUGAGCCGUCCGGCCAGCAGCAGCAACAGCUGCAGCAGGAAGCCCCACUGGUCGUGCCGCUCGGCACGACGCCCGCUGUCCCCGGCACGACCGACAGCCUGCUCGGCGACGGCCAGAACGUCGUGUCGCCGUCCGUGAUGGCCAAGUUCCUCGAGGACGAGCUGAAGUCGAGCGACGCGCUGCUCGGCACACCGAUCAAACACUGUGAUACGUGCGUGUGCCCGCAGGGUGGGGGCGGUGCGGUCGAGUCGGCGCGCCUGCACGCGUCCGGCUCGCUGCUGCUGGCCGACCUGCUCGGCAGCGACCAGAAGUACUACAGCGUGGCGACGCAGACGCUCGUGCGCGGGGAGCACGCGAACGGCACCAACACGCUGCUCUGCCUGCGGUGCAGCAGCAACCUGAACUCGCCGUCCCACCACAACAGCCCGUACAUGCUGAAGCUGAUCAAGUCGAGCGACAGCGUCAUCUCGGAAACGAAGAGCAGCGUCUCGGACUACCUGACCACCCCGGACAAGGUUUCGCCGACGACGGCGGUCCGGCCGGGCGGGUCGGCGAACGGUGCCGCCUGUGGCGACAUUGGCACGGGCGGGGAGGGAAGCGAUACGUCCGAUCCGCUCGCACUGCUGGUGGUGCCAACCAAGAAGGACGACCUGAUGGUUAAUCCCAUCCUGGGGCACCAUCGGCUUGCGGUGGAACGGUCCACCGCGCUCUCAGCGAACCAGACCGACCAGCAUCAUCUUCAGCAGCAGCAGCAGCAGCAACACAACAAGCUGGCUGCUGGGAAAGUGCCGACGACCACACAGCAGCACACAAAGAAGCUGCCCGGGGAUGCUGCCUUCAAGCAGAGCAAGCCACCGGUUUGCGGUGGCAGUGGUGGUGCUGGACAAAUGACACCGCAGCUUAGUCGAGCCGAGCCGACGGCAUCGAAGCUUGCGCACGAUUCGCCCUCGUACAUUAUUAAGGACACGGAUCAGAUGAGCGGCAGCCACGCGACGCCGAUCUCCUCGUCCACCGGGAAUGGCGGUGUGGCGGGACCGUCGGGCAAGUACGGCACGUCCGCUAGUGGCAGUGUGGGCAGCGGGCUGUACCAUACCGUCGGCAGCACCAACAGCCUGUGGAGCAGGACGAGCAGCAAGGAUCCGGAGAAGGACGGUGCGAAGAUGUUCGAGAUCUUUAAUCGCAAUCUCAUCAAAACCAUCAAGGCUGAAAAUCCCAAGAUGUCAGGUCCGCGUAUCUGUGCGCUGCGAAUACAGAACGGUUCGAGCAACAUCCUGCUGGACAACCUCGUCGACGACGGUCUCGAAGGGUUGGACUCGAAGCCACCGACCCCGGUCAUGUACACGCGCCGUGCCAAGUUCCUCGACGAGGAGCUGCUGCUAGACGACGAUCCAUCGAUCGGGCUGAACGGUGCGAUCAAAACCACCAACCUGCCGACGGCAACGUCUUCCGGCGAAUCCAUUUCACCGCCCGCUGGCUACACCAAACCCGUGACCACGCCGGUCAAAUCCUCCCAGGCAGCCGGUGGUGCGCUCGGUCCCGCCGGAGACGGUGGACCGGAUGGGCACGGAAGCCUCAUCAGCGGAACGAUUAACCGCGUCGAUGAGGGUGGCGGCGGAGAAGCUGCCAGGGGUCAUGAGGAGGCGGGCGGUGGUAACAAGCAGGUGUGCAAUAUGAGCACCACCACCUCACCCCACUCCUCCGACCGGCUGUGUACGAUCGGGGAGGAGGUGAGCAAUUUGCUGAUCAACACCAAGCUCGGUACGGCCGCGCUGCCCAAACCGCGCCUCGACAUCAACGUCAACAAGCUGGAGGGUAUCGACGUGACGUCCAAGAAGUCCUGCACCCAGUCCAGCUCGAUCUCGAGCGAAAUCGACCUGCAGGAGAGUGCGAUACUGCGCCGCCAGCAGCUGUCCCGGGUCGCCGAGUGGGUGCAGAACAACUCGAAGCUCGGCAAUGCGGCGGAACCGCUCAGCAACACCGAGUCGGACAACGAGCCGACGGCCGGUGGUGCGCUGACGGCGGACAGCUUGAACAACAAUGCUACCGCGCCCGGCCUACCGCCGAAGGCUUCCCGUCCAACCGUGCCGUCCACCGGUGGUAAGCCGGCGGGCUGCGAGGCAAAACCGUCGAUGGGCCGGCUGGGCCACCCGUACGGUCCCCCCGGUACCGGUAGCAGUCUGCUCAAUGGUAACUACGCGAGCGCCGCCACCUUUGGCGGUGGCAUGAACGCCCCCAAGCCGGACCGGGCCAUGACCGCUGGCGCGAAGCACGGGUACAGCAACAAUCUCAACAGCAGCAGCCUUCCGAACGGUACGGCCUCGGCGUCCGGCCUGCUGGACUACAACAGCAAUGCGACGACGGUCGCACCCGGACCCACCAGUGCUGCGCUCGGUGCCAUCCGGAAGGGCAGUACCGUGACGGUGCUGCGGGAUAGUGCGCUUACCGGACAGUGCCUCGCGGGUGACGAGCGCCGGCUGGCGCCCCUGCCCGACCCGGACCCGCACCACCCGGCCGGCAACGACGACGACGACGACGAUAGCAGCAGCGUCGAUCUCGCCCAGAUGGAGUACAACGUGAAGCAGUUUCUGCUGAAGCAGAACGAAUGGUCCACGGUGCGGCGCCAGUCGCUCAUUUCGUCCUCUGCCUCCAGCGUGAAGGGUCGGGGCGGCGACGAACCCGUCCGGCCGGUGCGCGACCCCUGCACGAAGGGGUUGUUUCCCGGGAUGGCGGUAGCGCAGCAGACGCAAGCACCGUACCAGCACCAUACUGGCACAACGGGCGUAGGCGGUAGCAACAUGUACGGCAACAGUCACAAGUACCCGAUCAAUCCACACCGGACGGAAACGAAUCUGUAAAGACCCAACCAACCAAGCAACUCCUGCAACAGAGGGGGGGGAAAACUACACACGCUCGCACAAACAUGCUGGCCCGUGCCAGGGAGACAGGUGUCCGGAAAGAGGGGCGAAGCGAGGGGCAGGCGGAAACCAGAGCUUCGGAUUAGUUAAUGGAUACAUAUACCGAACGUUGCUUACAAAAUAAAACAUUGUUGAUCGCGUAGUCGCAUAGCUAUGUAACAGAUAGUGAAGAUAGGUCACACCACUCACACACGGACACUUAGGCAAAAGGGCACACGCGCCAAGAUCGAAGCACAAAAUGGGGGGAAGGUGACCCCGCAGCAGGUAGGGCUUAUCAUUGAUAAAGUUUUGUGUGUAAAGUGCAACGGUGCAUGUGCAAUCGUGCGUUGAGGGAGAGAAUGAGAAAGAGAGAGAAGGAGAAAGAGAAAAAGGGAAUCAAAGUGCUCAUUUAUGUUUAGAGUUAAUUGCCAAACAUUCGCUGUAGUAGUAAAACGUCCAAAACCAAAAAUCCAAUAUAUUAUAUACACAUAGCCAGUGCGCUUUGCCAAAACCGGCGCCAGGGGGAAAGGGGAAGCCUGGGAGGGGGAAAGGUUAAGAGAGAUAAUUCCAAUAAUUUAGUUGAGGGUUUAUUUUUCUCGCUGAGUAUGGGUGAGUAGCUUGGCUUUGCUAAGUACGCCGCACAAGCACGCUUAACCGGUUAAGCGUAGUAUGUAAAUGUGUUUAUUUUUAUGAUUCGGAUAGUGUAACUGCCUCAUACUUAUAGUUUUCUACAUUCUGUGGACGUCGCAACCCUCGUGGAACAUGCGUCUGCACCAGCUGGGGUGUCCAAAAUCAGUUAAUAAUCAAAACAAUGAUUGAAACCAAACCAACCAUACCAGAACUGCUAGUGAUAGAGAGCAAAAAGAAGAAAAAAAACAGCAUUAAUGUGGGCGGGAAACAAAGAGGGAAAAUAUAGAAUAAUCAAUCAACUUUAUAAUGCAUUACCAACCCAACCCCAAAAACCACCCAACGAGCUGAGAGUUCCUUCGGCAAAGCGCGACCAGUGAGUAGAGAUUAAACGGUAGUGUCGGAUAAAUCAAGAAGCGAAGUGUACAUGUAUUGUCUGUUUGUAGUAUAAGCAAUGGCUAAAAUAAGGGCGGAGAUGGAUGUAAGAAGGGUGAGCGAGUCUGUGUCGUAUUUUUUGUUUUUAUUUCGCCAGCAGUGCUGUACUGUUGACACUGCAACACAUGUAACCAUGCCUUUUUUCCCUUCCCCCGUUGAUUGAUAGUGUGGAAAGCGAGAAGGAUACGGAAGCAGGAGCAGGAUAUUUACUCCCACUAUACAUAUUAACUAUAUAUAUAUACAUAUAUAAGCGCGGGCAUCGGGCAGGAGUAGCACACGCUCCCCUUAUACUUCUCCCUCACACCAAAACAACCCCUCUUCUUCCUUUGAGCAUAUGGAAAAGCAAACCUAUAUACACCACACAGCGUACUAUAACGAUUAUAUCCCAACCGUUGCGUGAAGAAACAAGAACAACAAACAAAAGGACGUUCGUGGCUUGGGCUUAGUAUCUUCCGUAGAACGAAAAGGGCGCAGUGUUUCUAGUGGAGUUAGUAAAGAAACCGAACUACAACAUAAGGCAUCCAAAGCAAAUGCAGAAGCAAAAGCCUGUAUCCUGUGCGUCGUGAAGGCGAAGGGUGAUAAUAUGUAUAUCUGCAGCAACAGUUCGAAACCAAAAACACAAACAAAAAAAAAAAAAAACAAAAAAGCAUAACACAGACACAGAUAAAUUACAACAUUUUCGCUUACAUGCGUUAACAUUCAUAUCUAAUCGCAUUUAUCGCAACGCGCAAGCGCUAUAUGAAGUGAUGCGCAUCGUACGCGAUCGCUCAUGGAUCGUUAAGUGCAUGUUUUCGCCCUUACUUACUACCAAAAAGCAAAGCGAAAUUUCGCCCCAAGGCUCUCAUUGGUUCGAUGAUGCGAAACACCCAUGCCGCGCGACAAAGAAUAUACUCCUUUAGAUGGCUUCAUGUGAUAUACACCCGUAUGUAAACAAACUUAACUAUUAUAUCAUUCCCCUCUUUCCCUCCCACUUUCUCGCCCCCCCCCCCCCACCAUCCCAUUGACCAACCAUAUAAUCAUCGCACAAUAUAGAAUGCCUGCCUUUGCUAACGCUUGCCUUCAGUUCUACGUUAUCCUUUCUUCCCCUCGUUUCCGCUUCGCUCCCGUUGUGCCCCGUUUCCCCCCAAAACGUGUGCAUGUUGUGGCGUACCUUUAGAUGUACCGUUCUGUGCAAAACCGUUCCACAAAACUAACCUACUAACAAAUCUCUAUCACCUUAUAUCACCUGCACUAUGUACUAUCACCACCGGGAGAGGAUCUGUGCUGCGAUAUUGUAACGGGGAAGAAUAUAUCCCCUAUCCUACCAAGAGAAACUGCAACUACGCUUUAAUUUAAGGACGAUCAGCUUACUAACUCGUAACUCGUAACACACUAUAUUUACAUCGUAACGCGCGUAUACCAUUGAUUAUAAAGAAAAUGCCAUUUUCAUCGAUCGAUCGAACAAUCCACAUUCCCCAAGUUCCCAAUUCCCACUUCACCAUCAAUCCAUCCAUCCAUAUGCGUUGGUCAUAUCUCGUCUCAUAUCGCAUUACGUGCCCGAUAGUGCUGCAUUCCAGUUGUGCAUUCCUUUUUUUUUUACUUCCGAUUGUGGGCAAUGACGUUCUUAUCAGCCUUCGCCAACUAAUGAAAUUCCGUUCGGUAACAAACCGGUGCGAAGGGCACAACGAUGCAAAGCGCCCAGAAAUAUUUGGUGAAGAUUGAGAGCGUUUUUGUUCCCAGACUUCCGGGUACGAUAGGAUGGUUUGAGGAGGCUAUCUAGGCUUUGCUCGUUGUCCCUUUUCGUUGGACAAACAAUUUUGGGAUCGAAUGGCACAAGGUCGGCAAACGGCUAAGCUGCGGAAUGGAAUGUUUUUUGUUUUGAUUUCCUUUUUCUGCUUUGUUUUUGUUGGAAUCAGUUUUCGUAUUUUGUUUUUCGUACUUAAAAGCAAAAAGAACUCAUUUCUCUUUUCUUCGUACAUUAGACUAAAACAACACGAAACUUACAAUUCCCAACACCGAAGCAAUACAAAUCCAUCUCUUCCAGUCUGAACAAACCCGUUUUCUAAGUAAGCAGCCCAUGUUUUUAAUGGUUUUAUAAGCAUAAUUAACCCGUACAAUAUUGUGCGUCAUUUUCAUUCUUCCGUCGCUAAAAACUGCCCUAAACGAGCACAAAACUAAGACACAAGAACAACAACAACAACAACAGCAGCCGUAGCAGCAUUAGAAGAAACUAGACACGCACAAAGCGAAAGAUAUACAGCCAGGCAUGAUGAUCCCCUCCACCUCCCCUCCGGAGGCAAUUAUGGCCCGUUUCCUGUUUUCCUUUCCCGUCCUUUGCUUUGCUAAUGUGUGUUGAACAUUACUUUACUCCUCGCUUUGCUAUCAAUAUCCUUGCAUCCCUUUGCUAUAUUAUGAGCAGCAAAUGAAACGAGCAGAAGGAGAAGAUAAGAUCCUCCGCAUCCACAAACCACAGCAUAAAGCAAGAAGAAGGUAAAACAAUGCGAACUAUGACGUACCGAUGAUAUUUUGAGCCGUCAGAAAUGGAAUGAAAUAUGCUAUUAUUGCAACAGCAGCAAAACAAACCAAAAAACCAAGAAAAUAAAUGUGUUUCCAAAACUGA